AUGGUCAGAAACGCCGUCAUCGUGCUCGCCAUCGUCACAGGCGCCGGGUUCCUCGUCCUCUGCGGCUUUGCCCUCACGCGCUUCUACGUCUUCAACGCCCCCGCGCGGGACGACCUCGUGAGCGCCCGACAGGAAUUCAGUCAAGCACAGUACAUGCGGGAAGUGCGGCUGCGGAACCAGGGAAUCAUAGCGGGAGGGCUGGGGCGCGGGAGACCGCAUCUGGCGCGUGCAAACUCGGCGGCAGAGGUCGGGGAUGCGUAUGUUUACGACGCUCGGGAUCAGAUGAGGAGGGAGGUGUAGGCGGGAUAUUCGUGAGGGUGGUCGCGCUAUGCGGUAAGUUUUCUGGGUGUCCUACGGAGGCUACAGAUACUAACAAUAUUUCAGGGGGAAACUCGAUCGGAUCCGUUCAGGAGAGAUGUGGUUCGACGAGUUUGAUCCGGUUCCCAUUCCUGGCGCACGGGUAACGAGUAACGCGAAUGGAGGAAGCGGUACCAUCCGGGCUGCCCGCGAUCUCAGCAGUGUAAAUCGGGCUUUCUCUGAAGGGACGCCAGAAUCUGGAAGAAGACAGCUGAAGAUCCGAGUGGCAGUAUGUAGCGGCGACAGAUGUGUUACCACAACGGAAAUAGUCAAGCUGGCGCUCUCCAGAACAGGCUGA